UGGCGCUUGAGUCGGUCGGGGCUAUAUAAGCGGGGUGGGACGGGCGGGCGGCCCCGUCUGUGCGCUGCUGCUCUACCCUCAGCCUCGUCUCCCACGCUCACUUCUGCCUCUUAAAAAGAAACAAAAAAACCCAACAAAGUAAAAAUGGCAGAAGAUGAAAUUGCAGCGCUCGUGGUGGACAACGGCUCUGGCAUGUGCAAGGCCGGGUUCGCCGGGGACGACGCGCCCCGCGCCGUCUUCCCCUCCAUCGUGGGGCGGCCCCGCCACCAGGGUGUGAUGGUUGGCAUGGGUCAGAAGGACUCCUACGUGGGAGACGAGGCGCAGAGCAAGCGUGGUAUCCUCACCCUUAAGUACCCCAUCGAGCACGGCAUCGUCACCAACUGGGACGACAUGGAGAAGAUCUGGCACCACACCUUCUACAACGAGCUGCGCGUGGCGCCCGAGGAGCACCCAGUCCUGCUCACAGAGGCUCCCCUCAACCCCAAGGCCAACCGUGAAAAGAUGACACAGAUCAUGUUCGAGACCUUCAACACGCCGGCAAUGUACGUCGCCAUCCAGGCCGUGCUGUCGCUGUAUGCGUCCGGCCGCACCACCGGCAUCGUGAUGGACUCUGGCGACGGCGUGUCGCACACCGUGCCCAUCUACGAGGGCUACGCGCUGCCCCACGCCAUCCUGCGUCUCGACCUGGCUGGCCGCGACCUCACCGACUACCUGAUGAAGAUCCUGACGGAGCGUGGCUACUCAUUCACCACGACGGCCGAGCGUGAGAUCGUGCGUGACAUCAAGGAGAAGCUCUGCUACGUGGCGCUCGACUUCGAGCAGGAGAUGGCCACUGCCGCAUCAUCCUCGUCGCUCGAGAAGAGCUACGAGCUGCCCGACGGCCAGGUCAUCACCAUUGGCAACGAGCGCUUCCGCUGCCCUGAGGCCCUCUUCCAGCCGUCCUUCCUCGGAAUGGAGUCGUGUGGCAUUCACGAGACCACCUUCAACUCGAUCAUGAAGUGCGACGUCGACAUCCGCAAGGACCUGUACGCCAACACCGUGCUGUCUGGUGGCACCACCAUGUACCCCGGCAUCGCCGACCGCAUGCAGAAGGAGAUCACAGCCCUGGCGCCCAGCACCAUGAAGAUCAAGAUCAUCGCCCCACCAGAGCGCAAGUACUCCGUCUGGAUCGGAGGCUCCAUCCUGGCGUCACUGUCCACCUUCCAGCAGAUGUGGAUCAGCAAGCAGGAGUAUGACGAGUCUGGGCCCUCCAUCGUGCACCGCAAGUGCUUCUAAAGCAACCGCAGAAACGGCAACAAAACGCCACCAAAACCCUCCUGUGUCUCAUCCCCCCCCUCUGUCUCCACUCUUAAGAGUCGCGAUGUCUUAACAAAGGGGAUCCACCUCUGUUUAAUCAACUCCACCCCUACUUCACACUGUUGGUGGGGGGAGGGUGGAUAGGAGUUAGGCGACUUAGGGGCAGAGUUGCAGGAAGGCACUUGUUUCUGUUCUUGGGCCUGUAAUUGAUUAAACAAAAUUCGUUCCAUCGUUUAACCAUGCAUUGUGGUGGCCCCCGUGUGGCCGUGUCAAUGCCUGCCCUCCCCAUUGUUUUUCUAAGGCUAACCGCUCCAUAGUACUACUAAACAUGCAAGGUCAAGUUUUAAUUGAAUUGAUACAAAACGCACUGAUGCACUUGAUUAUUGCCCUUAAUAGGUGAGCUUUGUGCAUUCCUAGAUCAUUCCACGUAGACCUCGAGUCUUGUCCUGAGAUACAACUUGCUGCGUGAGUUGCAACAGUCCGAAAACUGGUUCAAAUUUCCUGUACAUUUAAUUUCUCUGCUUGUUUUUGUACGCAGACCAGAAUUUGUCGUUAUUUUUUUUACUUGCCUUAAAACUACUUAACUCCCAUUUCUGGUGAAGUUGAAGGUGAACAGUGACGUUUAAAAUCGUAUCGCCUGUUGUGAGCAGCACAUUUCACAUGUUGACUUUGUUGGUUGUACCAAUUAAUAAAGGACCAUGUCUACAUUGCUCUGUCA